AUGAAAAUGCUCAAGAACAUGUGGAUUUCCUCCAGCUUUCUCCGCUUGAGCUCACAUCCACUGAACAAAAGGAUGGCCUCGGCGAUUGUUUCAUCGCUCAGGCUGAGACCCACCUUCUCUUCCGCCACGUCACCAUUCUCCUCCUCUUCCGCCGGCGACGUCAAACCCCGGCCCGCCGUCAUUCUCCCGGGUUUAGGGAACAAUUCGGGAGACUACAAGAAGCUGGAGGUCACAUUGGGUGAGUACGGUGUCCCUGCGGUGGUAGCAGCUGUAUCAAGACUAGAUUGGUUUAGAAAUGCAGCCGGUUUGGUUGAUCCAGCCUAUUGGCGCGGCACACUCCGCCCUCGUCCUGUUCUUGAUUGGUACUUGAAACGAAUUGAUGAUGCUGUCCGUGAAGCCAAUGAGUUAGCUCAAGGUGAAAGAUUGUCGUUGAUUGGACACUCAGCUGGAGGAUGGCUUGCUCGAGUUUACAUGGAAGAAUACGGAAACUCUCAUGUCUCCUUGUUGUUGACACUUGGUACGCCUCACUUGCCACCGCCGAGAGGACAAGCAGGGGUUGUUGAUCAAACAAGAGGUCUUCUCUAUUACGUGGAAGAGCAUUGUGCAAAAGCUGUUUACACUCCUGAGCUGAGAUAUGUCUGCAUCGCCGGGAGAUACAUUCGUGGAGCUCCUUUGCUGGACAAUGCAGAUGCGGAUGUUGAUUCUAAUGUGACUGUUGGAAUCGAAGGCGGAGAAGCGAUCUCAGAGCUUGCUGUUACUUCGGCGGCGCCUACUUUGCGUGCUCGUUUUGUAGGGCAAGGAUACAAGCAAGUAUGUGGAAGAGCUGAUGUGUGGGGAGAUGGAGUGGUGCCUGAGGUUUCAGCUCAUCUUCAAGGUGCGCUUAAUGUUAGCUUCGACGGUGUUUACCACUCGCCUGUUGGUUCAGACGAGGAAACCAGACCUUGGUAUGGUUCACCGGUUAUUGUAAAGGACUGGAUUCACCAUCUUCUCGAAUGA